AUGACAUCAAGAAUAUUAUACAGGGGAACUCAGCGUUUCCCGUAUCCAGAAUCCCCCAUCCGCGAAGUGAAGAUGCCCCGUGGAAGUCGGAGCCGCACUUCCCGGGUGGCCCCUCCGGCCAGCCGGGCACCUCAGAUGAGAGUUGCCCCCAGGCCAGCCCCAGCUGCUCACCCACCAGCAGCGGCCCCACCGUCAGCAAACCACAUGAUUGCCAGCCUAUUGGAAGCAUACUCAGGUCUGUUAAGCAAUCAAGCCCUAAUCCUGGCCAUGAACUCCAGUUCUGUGGAUCCCUUAAUCCAAUUUGAAUUUCAAGUGGUUUUAGUACAAUCAUCCUUUAAACUGGCGAUUGUCUUGCCAAGUCUUGAGAAAAUAAAAGAAGCAAAAGCCAACAGUAAUCACCAGGAGGACCUGGAGACGUUAUACCAAAAUGUUUUUAAUAUAUUUGAGGACACUCUUCUGAUCUUAGUGUCGAAAGAUCUCUAUAAACUACAGAUCUUAAAGGAAAUUAUUGUGUGGAUGGGUGAAGACAGUUCUUACAUGCAGAAAAGAAUUAUGGUGAUCAUAAGCAAAGUGCUCAGCGUUGCAUCCCGGAAAGCCAAGUCAUAUAUGAGUGUGGAUGCUCCGUGCUUGGGUGAGCUGGCUGCAGAACUGUGUCUUUUAUGUUCUCAUUCGAAUCCUGAAAUUACACAACAAGCGUCCUUGGGAAUGUAUCACCUCCUCUGUAUUGCACAAUAUCAGAAUGCAGAUUUUUUUGAAAAAUAUACAUUCUAUAAAAAAUCUGGAAGGCAUAGCAUCACAUCUUGUCCCUCUGAGUUGGAGUACCUUCCCAAGAUCUUGCAACAAGACAAAGCUAAAAUUGCUCAGCAUGUCGGACAAAACUUAAUGCCACCAUUGCUGACUGAUUUUGUGUGGAAUCUCAUGAUGAAACUGUCUAAAGAUAAUAAUAAAAUUAGGUCUGAGGCAGCCUGCAUGCUGAAAUUGACUCUGGAACAUUAUGCUGACAAGGUCACCAUGGUGUCUAAGAUUGUAGAUACUAUUUAUAAUACAUUGUGUGACAAUUCUAACAACGUUAUGAGUCAUGCUAUGUUGCGGGUCAUCACAUUGUUGACACGCACUUCACCAAAGAAAAUCAUCUUUCAGCUUAUGGAUUACCCAGUCCCAGCAGACAACACUCUGUUACUCAUGUGGCAGGCAGCUGGUUCUGAGGCAAGCGUGGCCCCUCAUGUGCUGAAGACGCUCUUGCUGAUACUGAAAGGAAAACCUGGGGAGACGCAAGACAGCUCAAUGGGAAGAAGACGUCCCUCUCUGGAAGCUGCUAACAUGAUGCCUGUCGCAGCUUCCCAGGCCCUGUGCAUGUUACUGCCUGUUAGUUCUUACAAGAAAGCAGUGGCCCAGCUAUUCCCUCAGCUCUUGAUGGCCCUCAUGCUUCAAGUCUAUUACAGCAGUGACCUGAGACUGACCAAGAAUGGCAGGCCUUUCUUUGCCAGAGAUGCUCUGAGAACCCUGCUGAAAUGUUCUGGAUUGCAACAAGUGGACAUUAUUCUUCAGAAAAAUAAUUGCUGGAGCCAGUUUUCCCAAGUGCUGUUUCACCACCAUGGGGUCUACCUUGUUGCCAAAGCUCUCAGUGACUAUAACUUUCCACAGUUUCCAGAAACCUUGCAUUACCUCUACAAGCUCUCGGUAGAAGAUCCUAGAAGGUCGGAAGACAGUAUUAUCACAGCAAUAUUCCUCACUGAACUCUUGAACAACUUCUUCAGGGACCCCUUUCCAGAAGAAUUUUUGGUCCUUUUCAGAAACUGGGUCAAUGACACAAACCCUUCAGUGAGCAAACUGAGCCUGCAGAAAAUUGCCAGCAUGGCACCUGUUGUCAAUGAGGUAGAAAAUGUUGACAGCUUAAUAUUAUCCAUCCUGGAUGCCUUCUUUUCCAAAGACAAGACUGUAGUAAUUCGGGCCUUGAUCACCCUCCGAAAACUUUUAGGAAAACUGAACAAGACGAUCUACUCAUCUCUGAGCACCAGAAUUGCUUCCAGCUACUGUCCUCUGAUGGAUCACAGUAAUGGAGGCAUUCGGAGUAUGGCCAUCCGGCACUUUGGUGAAUUACUCAAGGACAUGGUUCAGUACACUUGGAUGCUAAACGACGUGGUCUUGCAAGGCCUGGUGCCUCUAAUCCUGUUUUUGGAGGACUCAGAGUUAAGAGUAGUUGAAGCAUGUAAAUAUACAUUAGAAAUCUGUUCCUCACAACUAAACUGGUCUACAUCAUAUUGGCUCAAAGACAAAAAUUACAAUUUUGAAAUGGUGGUACUCAGCAUCUGUAACAAUCUUUACCUUUCUCAUUGGAGCUACAUUACAGAUUUGAUAUCGGAUACCCUAGGAUUUCUGAAGAGCUCACAAUCAUAUCUGAGGAGAGGAUCUGUUAUUUUAUUAGGAUACUUAGCAAAUUUGUGCCGCCAUUUACUGCUUAAAGUGGAAAUCGAAAUUAUGAUUGAGGCUCUUGAUCGAGUGCUGGGGGAUGAAGACCCUUUGAUCAAGGAGUUGGCCCAAACCACCCUGAACCUUUUUAAUGAAAUAGCCUGUAGAUUGACCUCCUCGGGUGCUAAACAAACCUUUCAAAGAUUGUUUAAUUUAUUCUACUUCAAAAAAGGGAAGAUAAUUUAUCACUAUAAAGCGCUCAAUCCAACAACCAAUCACUAUAAAGCUAAAAAUGCCAACCAAGAAUGA